AUGGAAGCGUCACCAGAGUGGGCCACCAGCCACGAGAUCCUCGACGGAUUCCUCAUUGGAUACAUCAGAGAACGUACCGAUGGAGUCCACAGCAGCACCAGUAUGAAAGAAGUAUUUGUUGAGCGUUUUUGGAAGGAUGUAGAAGGACACUAUGACAAGAUGCGGGCGACGCUUUUGGAGUAUUGCAAAGCCGAAAUUAACGUGCCAGCCGAAUUUGAGAGUCGAGUCAAGUCACCCGAAUCAAUCAAGAAUUCUAUCCAACGUCGGGAAGCGGCUCGAAUUAAAGCCGGCAAGCAACCGUACAGCACACUUGAGGCCAUCAGGACAGACGUACAUGACCUUGUAGGCAUCCGAAUUAUUGUGGACUUCACACCCCAUCUGGACGAUGUCAACAACUGGAUCAAGAGAACAUUCCAUCAAGACAAGGACCCAAUACCCUUCCAUGCCGACCGAGCUAUUGGAAACCAAUGGACACCAUGGUUUGGUGCUUAUUAUUGCUGCAACCACCACAUAUCUGUGAAGUCAGAGACUGCAAACCAUCUUGCACCCUACAAGAAGGUGAUGUUCGAAAUACAGGUCACAUGUCUUUCAGAGCGUCUUUACAACAAGCUGGCCCAUCCUCUUCUCUACAAAGGCACGCAGGGAAACCUCUCCAGAAAGGAUGAGAUGGUUAUUGAUAUGGCCCAUGCGAUGUCUUUAUGCUAUUCCAUGUGUCUUCUUUAUUUUCAAGAUGUUGAUGAUCCCAACCUCAUCAGCACUAUCAAACAGACAGUUGCGACGUCUGAGGAUAUUGACGAUGAUGAACGUUCCAUGGAAUUGAUGGAACAGAUAUCUAAGAACACAACCUUUACGCCCAACAUCCCCCUUUCGUUCCUGACCCAAGGGAUAUCUUCAAAAGCGAUCAAGAGACAGGACAUUGUCUCUUUGGUUGAUACAUUCCGGCAUGAGUCAACAUCAAAGGAUAAAAUUUGGGGGCAAAUGAAAUGUAUUGUCGAGGAAGCUAUGAAAGAAGCAAAUUCGCCUGGGCUAUUUCUUCCGGAGGUUCCAACAGCACGUUUCGACAACAAAGAGGUCCGAGAAGCCCCUAGAUGUCACGAACACACCAGAGCCAGCAUCAUUGAGAAGAUCGAGACCUGGAUCGACAAUCCUCGGCUUGGAGAGACAGUCAUGUGGAUUAGUGCCCCUGCUGGGACUGGCAAAUCAACCGUGGCCCGAACUAUUGCAGAGCGAUGCGAAGGCCGUGAUAUGUUGGCAGCGACCUACUUUUUCAGACGUGGGGCCAAAGACAGUCAUCGGAACGGGACAGCUCGACUUUUGCCUACCAUCGCCAGUCAGCUCAUCGUAAAUAUUCCGAGAUUCAGAUCUUCUCUUGAGGAAUCUCUUCGACGGUCUCAUACUAAGGCUGAAAAGGUAGAUGAGAGGGGACUGGAUAUACAGUUUGACACACUCAUCAAAGCCCCUUUUUCCUCCCUCAGUCCCAACAGAGGAAAGCCCAAGAUUGUCGUGAUCGACGCUAUUGAUGAAUGUGAUGAAGCUACGAACGUUGCACAAGUCAUUGAGAGACUGUCAACGCUGAAGGGACCUGCAUCUUUUUGGCUUCGUUUCCUGUUCACUAGCAGAGAGGCUGAUUAUAUCCGUGCGACUUUCCAGGGCAUCACUCACCAGCCCUUGUUGUUACACAGAGAGUCGAAAGAUGAGACCCAGCAAGAUAUACGAGCAUACUUGACUUACAACUUCGCAAAGAUCAAGGCUACGAAGCACAUUGACGGAAAGUGGCCACAAGACGAUGAUAUCAGCCUUGUGGUUCAUCGUGCCACGACCCCCACACCCCUUUUCAUCUACGCCUCAACACUCCUCAAGUACAUUCACAAUGACAAGGGUACCAUCAACACAGUCAGGAAAUUUAAACUUUGGAUCAAACAAUGUAAGAACAAUCAGUCCCAACUUGAUGGUCUAUACACACCAAUUAUCGAGGAUGCACUACUUGACAACGAUGUCGAUGAUGAUGACGAUUGCGAUGGCAACGACAAAAAGGACCUUUGGAAAUUAUUGGGGUCAAUAGCUUGUGUUGUCAGGCCACUUUCCGCGAAAACGCUUGGCUCGCUGCUUUCCAUCGACUUGAAUUCCAUCAAGCAUUGGCUGGCAAAGCUCCGCCCUGUACUUCACGUCCCAAGGAAUGGCGACCAGCCCAUAACGAUACUUCAUGAAUCAUUCAGGGAUUUUCUUCUCGCUAAGGAUCAGUCUGUAGACCGACCGGUACCAGGAUUGUAUGCAAGCCAUUUGACUCUAGCCGAAGAAUGUAUGAAACGACUGAGUCCGGGUGAAGAUCCGUACCGUCCCCUUACCCUCUUACAAAAUGUUCCUAAACCUCAAGAGCUUGCAUGGUGGGAUAUCUGCGAUAACAGUGGAUACCUGGACAAGUUGGUCGAUGAUCACCUCCGCUAUGCAUGUCACCACUGGGCAAAACACUGGAUCGAAAGUCGACAUUUUGAUGACAAUACUUGCAAGAACAUGGAAGCUCAUCUCAGAAACGCUACAUUUCCUUGGAUUGAGACCAUGUUGGUGAUGGGUCAGUACAACAAGGCCCUUGACACUAUUUGCUUAAUUCUCGACAAUAUCGCAAUUCCUUUCGUUCGUAACAUCAAAGGCGAUCCAACGAAAGGGAUACCGAAGCUAUCGAGAGUAAUCUCGAUUGUCGAUCGGGGUGAUCUCCGUGGUAACGAAAUGAUGCUCUGUGCAACUUCGGUGACUGAGACAGCGUUGCUACAAUUUCCAACUGGCAACAUCGGUCUAUAUAACCUUGACCAGGGCGUUUUCAAACGAUAUUACAGGCCUGAUUAUAAGGUGAUCGCUCUUGCAUUUCAUUCAGAUUUAAGACGGUUCUAUUCAGUCUCUUCGGAAGGACGAGUCGACUUGUGGGAUAUUGAAACAGGGCAUAGCACACACGAAUGCAUGUUGGAAGAGUGUCCGUUACUCAGCGAGAGUGCAAUUUCGACAAACGGACCAAUCGUCAUCGCGGGAUUGUCGAAAAGGCUGUCAAACCAUAAACCAAGCAUCGUUCUAUGGAAUAUGGAAAGUGGGCGACGUUAUGGCGAGCUACAAUGCGGACAAUUCGACCGGUUCACGGUCAAUGCCAUGGCAUUCUCACCAGAUGCAGAGGCUUUGGCAGUACUGUCUGACAAGUCACAGGUCGACCUAUGGGAUGUGAAGACAGGAAUCUAUCUCAAAACACUCAGACUGGCUUAUCCUGGCAGGAAUAUUUGCUUCACCCCCUCUGAAUUUAAGAUUCUCGUAUCCUUGCAGGUGUCUUGCAUCAUCUGGAAUUAUAAUGAUAAUUCUGUUCAGGAGAUACCUAUCAAUCUCCUUACCUAUGAUUGCCAUUUCAGCAUGAACUUCUAUGGGACAGCCUAUGAGCUACUGGUUGUAGAUCGAACAAAGGGUUCUACCUGGGACUUGUCAGGCCUGCGGGAGCGUACACGAAGCAUGGGUGGCUCUGGUACCGCCAUUGACAGGUUCCAUGUUUUCAAUGGACUCAAUCUUAUCAAGGCGAUGGCUUUGUCUCCAAAUCAAAACAUCCUUGCAACUUCAUCUGCCAACCACUCUUUACUCGUUUGGAAUCUAGAAACCACGACACGGCUUUUUGAUGUGCCCCAAGGUGAAGGGUUGAUUGCCGAGGCUAUGGUAUUCUCGCCCGAUGGCACAAUGCUUGCUGUGCUUAUUAAUAACUGUGUAAAAGUCUGGAAGAUCUUUGGAAAUUCUUGGCCGACAUUGGUUUCCACCACUCAGCUGCUUCCAGUGGUAUUUGAUCCGUCAAACGUACAUCCAGCUUGGAAACAUCCAAUUGAAAUGAGAGACUGCUCCAGCAUGUUCUUCCCAUCAACGUUGCCUGAGGGCAAUAUGAUAGUCAAGAUUUUCAGAGGCCGUCAAUCGUUUUUAGUCAACACUGCAACUAGAACGUGCGUGUCAAGACGUCGCGAUUUGGUGAAACAGACAAUCUCUACCUCGUCUUCAUUUGUCGAAUACACAGAUGCGCAAGGUUACACUCGAGAAAUUUUCUUAAUACCUUUCCCUUAUCGAUAUCAUUGCUUCACUUCAAGCGGGGGUAGAAUUGUAAUAGGGGAUGUGGACGGAGUGUUUAGUAUUCUAGAUCUCGAUCUUGAAGAAUUGGAGAAGUAUUCCCAAAAUGUGACAAAAUCAGAAAGAAGGCAAGGCAAUCGCCAAGAUGAUUCGCAAGACGAUUCUGAAGACUAUUCGGAAGAUGCGUGA